AUGACAUUUCAAAUAAAGUUCCUUAAUUCAUUGAUGAUAGUUGGUGUAAAACCAUUUCUAGGUGCAGAUCGUACCUAUAGUAUUAAACUUGCACAAAGUUAUAUCACACAACUCAAUCGUAUUUUAAAUUGGUAUGUGGAAUAUGGUGCGAAAGAGCUCACAUUCUGUCGUUCCUCACUUUUAUUGAUUCAUGAGUCAUUGACGAUUGACAACAGUAAUAAUGAUCACUGUCUUUCUGAAACGUGUUCUGCAUCAUCUCCUAUAUCAUCAUCUACCACAAUAACAUCUGACAAUCAGUCAGUCAGUAGUUCAAAUGAUACUACCAACUCCGAUAUUCCUAUUUCUUCAAAUGGAAAGAAUAUUAGUAACAUAAGCAGUGACAGUGAUGGUCAUAAUACUGCACAUACAGAGGUUUAUUUAAUUGAUUUUGUCCGUUGGAAAGCUAAAUCAUCUACUAAUGACAAUGAUAGUAGUGGUGGUGGUUGUAGUAAGGAUUGUUGGAGUUGUGAACUAACUGAUGGUUUUCGGCAUGGAUUGGAAACGUUGAUCAAGUUAAUGCAACAUGUGGUUGAUACAGAAAAUUCAGCUGAAAUAGAACAAUGUUAA